GCAUGACCCUACGUACCUUCCUUUUGGGGAACAUCGUAAGUUAUUGACUGGAAGGUGUUGGAAGCGCUCCGAGUUCUCGUCGGCAUGCUUCAAGAAUUUGCUGCCACUAGUCACUGCACUGGUGUUUCGAACCUUUAAAACCUUCCUGUAAACAUUUACGGGUAAGUUUUCCAGGUAAAUAUCUACUUUGGCAUGCCCAGAAUAUCUAAAGGUAUCUUUCUGAACUUCUAGGCUUGUGUUCUGUCUCUACCCGAGACGUGUACUUUCAAGUCGCAUCUUUCGGCUUCAGCCAAGAUUUGUAAACGAGUUCUCUGUGGACUCUUUCAACUUUUUGAUUCAUUCUGCAGAAACACAGCCACACGAUUCUUUGUGCCGCAUGGCAUCCUUUGUUCUGAAACUUUGACCCUUCUAUUGUCUUCCCCAGGCCACUCAGUGCCACGGCACAAACUCUUUGGCCCACUGGAACUUACGUAUAUAAGCAGGCUCUUCUUUCAGGAUGGUUCUCUUUCCUCGUUACUGGUUCGGUCUCCCAUAUCCACCCGAGUACCUGGCUCUCCACGGCAUCGACACCGACAUAGACAUGCCAGACACAACAUACGCAAGUGAAGAGGAGGACAUUCUCCCCGAGCUUCCAAAAAGGAAACAAAAGGCAUACUCUACCCCCAAUGUUCUCAACCUGCGAGCCACAACCCCGCUCGGAAGAGCUGCUUCCGAUGUUCCCCGUACGCCCGUCCGAUCGAAUCUUAUGCAGACCAAGACCGAGAAGGGUUACGAGGAUAAGCUGGUUAAGGAAUUCCUGAGGAUGGACUUUCAGAACAAGACCGACAUUGGCUACGAUGUCGUCGACUUUGUUCGACACGUGUGGAAGUUCAGUCCUGAAGACAUUCCUCGGCGCGACGAGGGAUACCAGUUCGACCACACGAACUGCCGUUUAUACGCUAUGAAACAAUACAUCAAAUAUGACGGGCUGAAGACGCAGCGGAUCACAGGGGAAAGAGCGUGUUGCAGCGCGUUCGAAAACAUUGUGAAAUAUAUUUGCAAGGAUUUGGACAAGGCUCGACCAAGUGAUGGGACCAGGUUUCCGGGCAUCCUCAAAUUUUUGCACGACCGAACCCCGGCGAGUGACUUUGCGAACUUCAAACCGGAUUUCGGUUAUGGGCCUGAUGUGGAGCUGCAUGGACAAGAGUGGGCCAACUGGGGAGCCUAUGGAGAGCUAAAGAAGCGAGAGGCAACUCAGGAGAAGACACCGAAGGUGACGAAUGAAAUGAUCAACGAGCUGCAAGGAAUCCGCAAGAAACAAAAGACUCAACCCCUCGCAUCAUCUUCUCGCGAAGGCAACAUUCCUCCUGUGGACGAGGGUUCUACUUCUAUCCGGAAGCGCAAAUCCACAGCAGACCAGCCGUCUGCAUCCUCUAAGCGAUACAAGGCAGUCAAAGGCACGUACGACGCUACUUUUUCACACACCGUAGUCUUCACAGGGAACGAUAUGCAAUCUGCGAAAUAUGCCAAUGAGCUCGCGUCUCAUGGGAUUCGCAACUUUGCCAGUGGAUUCCUUGUCGAGGACACAAAGAUGACGCUCUGGUACGCCGAUCGCAUGGGACUCGUCAAAUCGAAGGGGUUCGACGUAUUCAAGGAGCCAGCACAAUUCCUCCUCGUCAUUGCUGCUUUGCACUUUGCAAGUCGGGCGACGCUUGGAUUCAACCCCCUGAUCAGAUAUGGACCUGACUUCGUUAAAACCUACGAGAACGGGGUGCUUGCGCUUCCUUAUUCGUACGACAUCGAUGGGAAGAAGUUGAACGAUAUGACAUUCGCGUUGGACGUGUCGGCUGGGAAGCAGCCUGCGGUUGCAUACGGUGCUGUAGGACGUGGGACGACUGUGGUUCCGAUCAAGGCGGUUGGGGCAGCCCAGGAUCUGUUCGGAGACGACGACCUGGUCGCAAAGAUGUCGUGGCAGCCAGUCAAUCGAGUCAACACCGAGGACGGCAUUGUCCGAGUUAUUCGACAGAAGAUUGGAAAGAGCCGGACGAAGAAAUACCUGCUGAAACAUAUUGUGGAUAUGAAAUGCUCGUUGGACCUGACGAGUGCGGAGCUUGGCCUGCCGAGGGCUUCGAUGUAUUUGCCAGAAGCCUAUGAGCCUCGUAUCUUCCGCGUCCUCAUCGUGAAGGAGUAUCUACCUCUAGAAUGUGUACGCAGCCUGGCCGAGUUUAAACAGAUCAUUAUCGAUGUGGUGCAAGUGCAUCAUUAUGUGUUCAUUCAGAUCAAAAUCCUUCAUCGGGAUAUCAGCAUAACCAAUGUCAUGUUUUACCGGGAACCCGGAGGCCACGUGGUUGGAGUGCUAUCAGACUGGGAUCUUUCGACGUACAGGAAUGGGCUCCUGGUCAAGGGUGAAGUUGAAAGUGACUUAACACCUACCAUUCCCAAGGACGAUGAACAAGAUCCGAAGGACGCGAAAGAUGACUCGGAGGAAGAGCAACCCACCAGGAAGAAAGCAAGAUACAGGACGGGGACGGGACCGUUCAUGGCGUUGGAUCUGUUGAGUACUACGACAAUCCUGCAUCGAUACCGGCAUGAUCUGGAGUCUUUCUUCUAUCUGCUUUGCUACUUCUGCGCAACGUUUGUCCCUCCGAAGGCCGACCAAACCAAAGGAUCCUUCAGAUUUCUUCCUGGAUGGGAACACUCUGACCUGAAAAAGGUUUGCAGCGCAAAGAAGGCUUUUCUGGGCAACCACGACGGUGGUUUCCGAGCACUCUUCACGGAAGCGCAUGAAUCCUAUCGUCCGUUGUUUGAUAAAUGGAUUCGGCCUCUCUACACGCAAUUCAAGACUGUCCCUAGCAUUGCAUCGCAGCUUGAGGAUAAUUACGGGUGGAUCAUGGAAGCCAGGGAAGCGAAGGACUCGAAAGAGGAGAAGAAGUAUCUCAAGGCUGUAAAUCAGAUCAUUGUCAAAGCCGACAAGGUUUACAUGUACAAAAACUUUAUUGAUGUACUACUUAAAUGAAUGUUGUCGUGUACAUAUAAACAACUUCUUCUGUGUUGGUCUUGAUAUUCCAAACGUGAG